CAAAAAAAUAUUUAAAAUUUAAAAAAAUGUGAAAAAUUAUUAAAAAUUUAAAAUUUUCUUAUAAUUUUUUUCGUUCUUCAAAAUAAAUUCCAUAAAUAAAUAAUAAUGUUAAUAUAGUAAAAAAAUUUUAAUAAUAAGUAUCGUAAUUAUUAAUUAAUUAAUAAUAAUAAAAUUUAUAAUUUAAUAUAAUAAUUAUAUUAUAGCUAUACUAAUAAUUAAUAUAGGAGAAAAAUAUUUUUUGAAAUAAUGAAAAUUUGUGAUAAAAAAAUCUCGUGACGUAUGGCGAUGUAUUAUUACGCUAGUAAAAUAUCCGCGAUUGCAUGUGGUACAAGAUGUAAACAAAGUGUAUUACAAAAAUCAAGAGGACAACGUGAUCGUGAUAAAAUUCUAUAUGAGCAAUCAUCAAUAAUAAAAGGUUUUAGUACCAGUAUGAAAGAUAUAAGUAGUGAAGAAAAAAUUGAAAUUAGUUUUACACAAGAGGUUUCAUCACCAUUUAAAUUGAAAUCAUCAGAUAUAAGUUGCAAUGGGACCACUAGCUUUGAUGAUUGUAUGAAUAGAAAUAGAGUUAAAUUAUCAACAUUUUCAUCUUCUUCUAAGGAUAUCAAUGAGUGUUCUGUACUUGGUCCUGGAGGUAUAAUGUACGUAAAUGGAAGAAUUGUUUCUGGACCGUUUGAUUCAUUAGUUGAUAUCCUUGUGCCUAAAACAGUGGAAGAAUUAGAUAAGGAAUUCAUAUUUUCAUUUUUAUUAUCAUCGCGUUUAUUUAUACGACCCCAUGAGCUACUAGGUAAACUAUUAUCCUCUGUACCUGAAGAUGAAUCUCUAGGUCCUUUAGUUGGUUUAUUAGGUAUAUGGACAAAUAAAUUUCCUUAUGACUUUCGUGAUGAAAGGAUAAUGAAUCAUGUUAAACAUAUCGUUUCUAGAUGUUCAAAUACAGGGUUAGAGGAAUUAGUUUCAGAAAUGUUGAGUGCCUUGUUAAAUCGUUUGACUGAUUUAGAAAAACAUGAAGAAGACUUAAGAGCUUGCCAAAAUACUGAAAAAAUAGAUAAAAAAAUUCAAAGUCCAACAUCAUCACAAUUUGCACAAAUUUUAUGUCGAGCUGAAAGAAAAUUAGCAAAACAUGUUGGUCCCGAAGAAUUUUUACAAUGUAGUAGUAAUAUUCUAUUGGAUAGACAGGCGAAAAACAAAUGGGAUCAACCAUCAACAUCAGGUGGACCUUUAGGUGUACAAGAUCCAAAGAAAACUUGUAAUUUAGAAACAUAUCUGGAUUGGUCAGCUCGUCUACGAUUAUUUGUAUGUAAUGAUAUUUUAAAGUGUAAUGGUAUAAGAGACCGUAGUAAAAUUGUUGAAUUAUGGAGUGGUGUUGCACAAUACUGCCUUUUAGUUGGAAAUUAUAACAGUGCUACUGUUAUUCUAGAAUCUUUAGAAUCACCUCCGAUUGCUCGGCUGAAAGUAACGUGGAGUAAAUUAUCAACAACAUGCCAGCAAUUAGAUUGUAUGCAACGACACGCUGAAGGAUAUGGAGAUUUAUGGAGUAAACAAACCAUAAUUUUAAAUGAAAAAAAUAAAUUUUUACAAAAUAAUGUUAAUAAUAUAGUAGAAACCAAAUCACAUCAAAUAUCAAAAAUUUCAUUAAAAAAUAAACAACAAUCAUCAAAUAUGUAUGAAAAUAGUAGUGGUUCAAUAUUAAUAAAUACAUCCGGUUCUAAUUUAACUGGAACAUCAACAUUAUUAGGAAAAUCAAUAAAUUCAUCUGCAUCUAUACAUUUAAAUGAUAUAGAUGGAGUAGCAAAUGAAAUGGAAUUACAAAAUGUAAAUAGUAGUACAAUAGAAAUAUCUAAUUCAACAAAAAAUAAAAUAAAAUCAAAUGAUUGGGUUGUUAUACCAGUUUUCUCUGACAUCGUCAAAUUAGCACUUACAGUUCGAGAAAAUUGUUUACAAAAAUUACCGAAUGGUCAUAUCAAUAUAGAUGCAUUUGAUAAAUUAGCUGCAAUAGUUGGUGCUUUUACAAAACAUAUGAGUGAAAUAAAAAUUUCUGCAGGAGAACCUGGUGAAUAUCAAGCAUUUUGUCGUCAUAUGCAAAUAGUAUCAACCUUAAGUGAUUCAGAGCUUAUGAUGGCAUCUUUUGAUUGUGAGGAACCAAAUCAAGCCGAAAAAUUAAUGUACGAUCUAAUAUAAUGUGUUCAAAUUAUAAUAAGAAAAAAAAAAUCGAUUUAAGUUAAUUCUCUUAAAUAUAAUGGUUAUAUUAAAGAAAUAAUGAAUUAAAAAAUUAAAGAAGAAAUUCAAAAAAUAUGUAUAAGUACUAUAAAUGAGUGAAAUUUUUCUAUUUCUACGAAAAAUUUGAUCAAUUUUUAUAAUGCUCUUAUUUCUCUCUUAUUUGUUCUCAUGAUUUACUUUU